AUGCGGCCCUACCAAUCCCGAUUGUCCUCGCUGACACCAGCCCUACACCCUUCUGCGAUGCACUGUGGGUCCAAAUCCCGCUGCGCGGGUCCGAUUCUCUCCUUCUCGAAGCACCUUCUCCCGUAUUACUCGCAUGGACUUCCAACUACUCUAUGGGGCCUAAGUCAGACCGCUCCUGGAGUACGCCAACCAAGUUGUCUACUCAGGACGCACGAAAGACGUCACCCUCAUUGA